CGCGGAGUCGCCGCCGCCCGAGCCGGGCCUCCCCGCUGGCCUCGCCCACCUGGACGCCGCCGCGGCCGGGACCGGUUCGGUCGUCAUCAUUGUCCUUCUUUAUGUACUAUAGGCUGUUUUCUAUGGUUUAGUAAAAAGUCAUGUAGACUGCUUGUCCUGUGAAGACCACUUUUAAGGUGUCAGACUUCUGCAUAUAAAGUGUUUGGAGAAUCCAGUUGUUUGUGUUGUGACAGGAAGAAUGGAAGUGUUCCAGGAGCUUCAGAAGCCAUCGACGCGCUGGGAGUGUGACCACUGCAGUUUCAGAGGCACAGACUAUGAAAAUGUACAGAUCCACAUGGGCACCAUCCAUCCAGAAUUUUGUGAUGAAAUGGAUGCUGGUGGGUUAGGUAAAAUGAUAUUUUACCAGAAAAGUGCAAAGCUGUUUCACUGCCAUAAAUGCUUCUUCACUAGCAAGAUGUACUCUAAUGUGUAUUACCAUAUCACAUCCAAACACGCAGCCCCAGAGAGGUGGAAUGAUAAACCAAAACAUCAGUUGAACAAAGACACAGAUCCUGUGAAAAGCCCUCCUCUUUCUGAGCACCAGAAAAUGUCCUCUAACUCUGCAGAGCUCCUAAAAGCUGUACCUACCCUUUCUAUGGAAACACAAAAACUUGGUCCGGUUUUGUCGCCAGAAUCACCAAAACCUACCCCUCUAACUCCCUUGGAGCCUCAGAAACCCGGACCUGUUGUUUCUCCUGACUUGCAGACACCUCUUCCUUCUCCUGAGCCGUCAAAACCUGCUCCCGUUUCUUCUCCUGAACUUCCAAAAUCAGGCCCUGUUUUGGAAUCUCAAAAGCCUGUUCCCGUUCCUUCUCCAGAACCACAGAAACUUGCCCCUCUAUCUCCUGAACUAGUAAAGGCUCCUCUUGUUAAUCCCAAAUCCCAGAAACACUCUCAUUUCCCAGAAACAUUGGGGCCACCUUCAGCCUUAUCUCCAGAGUCACCUGUUCUGGCUGCCUCCCCUGAACCUUGGGGACCUUCCCCAACUGCAUCUCCAGAAUCUCGAAAGCCAGCCCAGACUGCUUCUCCUGAGCCAAGGAAGCCAUCCCCGUCAGAGUCUCCUGAACCAUGGAAGCCAUUCCCUGCUGUCUCCCCAGAGCCUAGGAGACCAGCCCCAGCGGUAUCACCAGGGUCUUGGAAGCCAGGGCCUCCUGGGUCACCCAGGCCUUGGAAAUCCAGUCCAUCAGCCUCCUCUGGACCGUGGAAGCCAGCUAAACCUGCUCCAUCUGUGUCUCCUGGACCCUGGAGACCAAUUCCUUCCAUAUCACCUGGACCUUGGAAGCCAGCUCCAUCUGCAUCCCCUGCGUCCUGGAAGUCUUCGUCAGUCUCUUCUGGAUCCUGGAAAACUCCUCCCACAUCUCCUGAGUCAUGGAAGUCUGGCCCCCCAGAGCUCCGAAAGACAGCCUCCACGUUGUCACCUGAACACUGGAAGGCAGUUCCCCCAGUGUCUCCUGAGCUUCGCAAACCAGGCGCACCGCUCUCCCCAGAGAUCCGUAGUCCAGCAGGAUCUCCAGAGCUCAGAAAACCAUCAGGGUCGCCAGACUUGUGGAAGCGUUCUCCUGAGCAGCGAAAAACUUCUCCUGGUUCACUUGAUUUUCCUGAAUCCCAGAAGAGUUCUCGUGGUGGUUCUCCUGAUAUCUGGAAGUCUUCCUUUUUUAUCGAACCUCAGAAACCUGUCUUCCCGGAGACCAGGAAGCCAGGUCCUCCUGGGCCAUCUGAGUCCCCCAAAGCAGCCUCGGAUAUCUGGAAGCCCGUUCUCUCUGUUGAUACUGAGCCUAGAAAACCUGCUCUCUUUCCUGAGUCUACCAAAACAGCACCUCCUGCUUCUCCUGAACCACGAAAACGUGCGCUUUUCCCAGAGCCGUGGAAACACAGCCUUUUCCCUGAACUUCCCCGAUCGGCUGUAUUCUCAGAGUCUCAGAAGGCCGUUGAGCUUAGUGGUGAAUUACAAAUAGAUGCCCUAGGUGAUCAAAAGUGUGAUAUUUUGGUUCAAGAAGAACUUCUAGGUACACCUAAGAAACUCUUGGAAGAUACUCUAUUUCCGUCUUCAAAGAAACUCAAGAAAGACAACCAAGACAGCUCAGACGCCGAGCUCAGUAGUAGUGAGUAUAUAAAGACAGAUCUGGAUGCAGUAGACCUCAAGGGGCAAGAAUCAAGUAGUGAUCAAGAGCAGGUGGAUGUGGAAUCGGUUGAUUUUAGCAAAGACAACAAAAUGGACAUGACUAGUCCAGAACAGUCCAAAAAUGUACUACAGUUUACUGAAGAAAAAGAAGCGUUUAUCUCUGAAGAAGAGAUUGCAAAAUAUAUGAAGCGUGGAAAAGGAAAGUAUUAUUGCAAAAUUUGUUGCUGCCGGGCUAUGAAAAAAGGUGCUGUUUUGCAUCAUUUGGUUAAUAAACAUAAUGUCCAUAGCCCUUACAAAUGCACAAUUUGUGGAAAGGCUUUUCUUUUGGAAUCUCUCCUUAAGAAUCAUGUAGCAGCCCAUGGGCAAAGUUUACUUAAAUGUCCACGUUGUAAUUUUGAAUCAAAUUUCCCAAGAGGCUUUAAGAAACAUUUAACUCAUUGUCAAAGCCGGCACAAUGAAGAGGCAAACAAGAAGCUCAUGGAAGCUCUGGAGCCACCCAUGGAGGAGCAGCAGAUCUGACUGAAACAUGAAUGUUAGCUCUACAGAGCUGUCUGUUGAAACCGUUCUUUGAAAUUGUAGCUCAUUAAAUAGUCUAGAUGGAUUGGUAGAUGUGGAAGUGUAUUGUGUACCGUAUUUAAUGGUCUGAGUAGUGUUGCAAAGAGUAAGCAUUUGGUUGUUUUUUUAAAAUAGUCUUUGUUUAUGUGGCUAUCUUGUAAAUCAGUAAAUUUCUACUAUAUUCCAUAUGGAUAAAGCAUUUCUUUUAAGUAUAUUUGAAUAAUACAAAUGGGGUAGGCAUUCCAUUUAGUAACCAAGAACAAGCUGUACUCCAAACAUCUAGUUCAAGUGUAUCUGUGUGUGUCUGUGUGAAAGUAAUUUCCGACAACAAAAAGUACUUGUUGGAAUGUUUAAGAAUUAGGCAUGAAACAAAUUUGAGAAAAGUUUUGUUCCCUUAAAUGUAUUUUCAAUCCAUAAAAGUUAUUUUCUAUUUGAUCAAGUAAAAUUAGUUUAUAAAUCUUGAACAGUUUCUAGAUGUUUAUUAGCUUUUAUGUCAUGGAAAGUUGGAGUCUCAGGGUUGCUGAUUUUCUGCUAACAGGGAGCAUUGAGUAAGUCUUUAAAGAUACUUUGCAGCCUUCUCCUACAGGAGACUGAGGUGUUAAGUGUGAUUUGCGGUCUGUCUUGUCCUUUGUUGUUUCCAGUGGAGUCUUCCAUUUGGUUCCUUGUCCUACGAUCUGGCCCUUCACUUCCCCUGCCAGCUCACACUGACAGAGCAUCCUUAAUUGCCAAAUGUGUUAGAGCUUGUACCUUCCACUCCUGGGCCUCACAUAUCACCUUUUGGGACUCAAGACCAGUGUAAUGAGUGUGGCUGAAAGUCUUCCAGAUUCACAAUAAAAAAUUAUAAAUAGAGAUUUCUGUUUGAGAAUUCUGUCAGGUCCCCCCCGCCACAGUUCUGUUACUGUAAAUACCUUGUACCUAUUUGUGGAUUAUUUUAUUCUAAAAUAUUUUGUCAGGUGUGUAUCAACCAAAUUAAAAACAAAGGCUUUUGUGUCAGUUAUGUCUUCAUGUAUGUUUCCUUUUGUGUAAUUUUCACUGUAUGAUAUCCAAGUCCCAUUUUUUCUUUCCUUUUUCCACUUGUUGUCUACAUGCUGGUUUUCAUAUCUGUAGCAUUUUCGAAGCUGUGUUUUCUCUGAAUUCUCUGGUCUGUUAGGUUAAGAAGACACUAUGUAGAAACUCUCACCUGUGCAUAUUAGCAUAUUAAAAGUGGUUUAGGGGGCAGGUGUUGUGACACAGUAG